AUGCCACCUCUACAACGCUACCUCAACAAGGUUACAUCUACAACGCCACCUCUACAACGCUACCUCCGCAACUCUAUCUCUACACCGAUACCUACAACGUCACCUCUACAACGCUACCUUUGCAACGUCACCUCUACAACGUCACCUGUACAACGCUACCUGUACAACGCUACCUGUACAACGCUACCUGUACAACGCUACCUCUAUAAUGCUACCUUUACAACGUUAACUCUACAACGCCACCUCUACAACGCCUGCUUCUUCUGCUGUGCGUGUCUAAGUGUGACAUUUUGCCCCCGUGCUCGUUUGCUCCUUCCCGAUCACCGUGUUCCCCGCGUAGGCACAUUGUGGUCGUGUGUGCACUCAUGCAUUCUGGCGAGUGUCAUGUGCGUAGACAAGCUAGCGGACAUCAUCACCACCGCCCCGAGAGAAGCACAGCGACACAUUAAGAGCACUAGCCCACCCGACCAUUGGCCCACAGCAGGACAUGUAGAGGUGCGUGACAUGGUGCUCACUUACGGCACUCAUCUGCCGCCUGUGGUGGAUGGCAUCUCUUUCACUUGUCUGCCAGGUGAGAAGAUUGGGAUAGUAGGCACGACAGGCGCGGGCAAAUCGUCGAUUGUGCUGGGGCUGUUGCGUCUUUUAGAGCUGAGCAGUGGGAGUGUAUUGAUUGAUGGCGUAGACGUGGCUCUUCUGGGCACCCACGACCUUCGCUCACGUCUCACUGUCCUCUCGCAGGACCCAUUCUUCUUCAGCGGCAAACUGAGACGUAACCUGGAUCCUUGCAGCGUGCACUCUGACGACGAGAUAUGGACUGCAUUGGUCCGCACACAGCUAUUCGAGCUGAUUCACGCACUACCCCAACAGCUCGACAGCCAUAUCACACACACGGGAACACCGUUUAGCGCCGGUCAGUUGCAGCUGCUGAGUCUCGCGCGAGCAAUGCUCAGUGACCACAGAGUAGUGCUGAUGGACGAGCCAACGGCCAGUGUGGAUGCCAUGACAGACGCACUGAUUCAACGGGCCAUUCGAGUGCACUUCCAAGCAGCCACUGUGAUACAGAUAUCUCACCGGUUAGAUACGGUUGUAGACAGCGAUCGCAUAAUUGUUAUGGACAAUGGCCGCAUCGUGGAACAAGGGUCACCGACCACUCUCUUGCAGGACACAGCAUCCUUGUUCUACGGACUGGUGCAUCAGUUUGGGGCUGAGUUGAUCCACAGAUCUGAGGCUGAAGCUGUCGGUGAAUAUACCGGCCAUCCUGCGGUUAUAGAUGGUACACCAGUAAAGAGUACUCAGUGA